AUGGCCGCCCCUGCCCCGAGUGCCCCGCCGAUGACGGCCCAGCCGCCGACGGAGCCGAUUCAACCGACGCAAGUCGUUCAGCCUGUUGUCGUCGUGCCGCAGCCGACGCUGUGGUCGUCGCUCACGUCGUACUUCUCGUCGUUCGACCCUGUGGUGCGCCCGGUGGCCGAUGCGUUCGCCAACAUGCAGCAGAUCCGCAAGAGCCUUAACUUGCCAAGCCCCGGUUCGAUUGAGAAGAUGCAGAACGAGGUGAAGGCCGUGCAGACGACCAACUUCCAGUUUGAGGGCGCGCGUGCCGACCUGACCAAGGCGCUGAACCUGAACCCGAUCUUCCAGGUGACGCACGCCUUCACGCUUGGCGCUGCCGGCAAGAAUGCGUACAACUUCGGUGCGGUCUACGGUGAUGAGAACCGCUUCUACCAGGCCGGCCUGGAUGACGCCGGUAACGUUACCAUGCGCCUCAACUCGCGCUGGCUGCCGGGCCACAUUUCCAAGGUCCAGGCGCAGCUGGCUCCUGCUGGCGGCCAGACCUUUGUCCAGCUGGAGCACGACCUGCAGGGCUCGGACUACAGUGCGAACAUCAAGGCGCUGAACCCCUCGCCGGUGAACGCCACGGGUAUCUAUGUGGCCAACUACCUGCAGUCGCUCACGCCUCAGUUUGCGCUCGGAACCGAGGCCGUGUACCAGCGCCCCAGCCCCGAGAUUGAGGAGGCGAGCAUCGGAUACAUGGCCAAGCUUACCGGCAAGGCGAGCGACUGGAUUGCCACCGCCCAGUGGCAGCCCCAGGGCGUCGGCCAGUUCACCUACUGGCAACAGCUCAGCCCCCAGGUGGAUGUCGCCGGUGAUCUGCAGAUGAUCAUGAUGCCGCAGCGUCGUGAUGCGCAGGCUUCGCUUGCCGCGCGCUACUCGUUCCGCAUGGCGACGCUCCGUGCGCAGAUCGACAGCCUGGGCAAGCUCUCGUCGGUGUACGAGGCGCGCAUUUCGCCCGCGUUUGCCUUUACCUUCUCGGGCGAGAUCGACCACCUGAACGGCGAUGCCAAGUUCGGUCUCGGUGUCUCGAUCGAGAGCGGCUCCGAGCCCAUCGACCCGACGCAGCCCCCGCCGAUUCCCCCGUCGGUCCCGAUGUAA